GCCAGAAAUCACACUACCUGCCGCUGUAUGUCUGGUUGGGUUGUAUGUGAGUGGUGAAACUGUGUAAUGGAUAUACUGAGAAUUCCUCUACGUUUUGUAGAUCUUGACAUUAGGUUGAAAUAUAGGUUGGACAAACAUGGAAAAUAGAGAAAGAAUUAGAAGACUGAUAAACAACAACAGAAUGUCAUUCAUCCAAAAAAUGCCUACAUUAAUAUUUAUUGAAGAUUUUCCUGGCCUAUUAGCUUAUCAGAGAGAGAAAUUAAAACGCCGACUGGAUAACCUUGGGGAGUAUGAAGCAAAUUCAGACCUUAUAGAUGCAAUGGUGAAAAUAGAUGGCUUUGAGAGAAAGUUUAUUGAUUUUUGUAACAAAAGAGAAAUCUGCCAAAGCCUUGUUGAACUCAUAGAAAGCCAAAUUGGACGGCGUCCAUCUAAGCCGAGGGGGGCAGAUUACAGCCCAGCUGUUGGUGGUGAUACAACAAUGGAUAUAAGUGCCCAACCUGUGGUUGUAAGGGAUGGUAGCUCAGGCAAUACCACAGUAACUGUUGAUGGGAGUCUUACUGCUGUUGGUGCUAAUUCAAUGGCUGUACAUGGAAGUCCACCGACUGUCAGCAGUAGUACAACUGUUAGCUUAAAGGAUGUAGUAGGUGGAACAGUGGCUUUAGGUGGUAGCUCAAAGGAUGUUGUAGGUAGCACAAUAGCUGUAGGUGGUAGCUCAAAGGAUGUUGUAGGUAGCACAGUGGCUGUAGAUGGUAGCUCAAAGGAUGUUGUAGGUAGCACAGUGGCUCUUGGUGGUAGCUCAAAGGAUGUAGUAGGUGGCACAGUGGCUAUAGGUGGUAGCUCAAAGGAUGUUGUAGGUAGCACAAUGGCUCUUGGUGGUAGCUCAAAGGCUGUAGGAGGUAGCACAAUGGCUGUUGCUGCUAGCAAGGAUGUAGAUGUGGGUGGUAGCUCAAAGGACGGAGGUGGCAGCACAGUGGCUCUUGGUGGUAGCUCUAAGGAUGAAGAUUGUAAAACUGCAGCUGGUAGCACAGUAGCUGUGGGUGGUAGCCCAUUAUCUGUAGACAGCAGGUCGGUGUCUAUAGCUAGUAGAUUAAUAAAUGUUGAUGGCAUCACAACUACUGGAGAAAGACCUGAUGAACAUUAUUGGAUCCACGAAAAUAAUAGUAACCAUAGUGAUGCCAGUGUAUCUGACAACGGCUGCUAUGAUGAGGCUAGUGUUUCUGGUGACUGUAACCAUGGUGAUCCUAGAGCAGCUGGUGGUUUAUGUGAGAGGAAAACAGCUGAUGGUGUUGGUGAGAUUAAAGCUGAAGCUAGACAACAUCAUGCCAACAACACCGCUGAUGGUGUUGGUGAGAUUAAAGCUGAAGCUAGACCAGGUCCUGCCAACAACACUGCUGAGGUAGGUGGCAAAUACCCAGCUGAGGGAGAACCUUCUAGCAUUCCUGAGACCCCAUUCAAGCUUACUUUAAAAUGCUACUCUAAUAAUCUGGAUGGAAAAAUAAAAAAUACAGAUGUGAAUAAAGGCGUGAAUUAUGUACCAGCGCAGACUUCAGAGUCCCAUGAUUCUGACUCAGAUAGCUCAUUUGCUUUGGAUACGCCAGAGAUUGCCUCAACAUUUCCUGAUAACAUCAGAAAAGAUGGUGCCCAUUUCAUUGAUAAUCUCAAGCUAUCCUCCAGUAAUAGUGCAAACACUGAUAUUCUCAAAGCAGAAACUAAAGACAUGGUAAACAGAAUUGAAAUAGACCAAAGCACGAGUUAUCUACCUACUUUACAAAUAUCAGAACUAAGCAGUGAAUCUUUUGAACAUGAAAUUGAACUUCUUAAAGUGGGAUCCCUGCAUUUAGCUAGAGGGGCUAGCAAUUUGCUAGCGAUGGGCAAUUCAAGUCCUAGAAAAGAGUUACACCUGACAGAAAUCAAUCAAAACACAGCAUUCUAUCAUGUUAAUUUUAAUCAAGCUAUUCAGUGUGAAGAAGAUUUACAGAACCAGGAAACAAGCACCAAGGAUAGAGAAACAAACGACCCUCUUUCCGAUGAGACUUUAGUCAAAACAAUUGUUAGAAAUCCUACAACAGUUUCAGAUAUUGAAACAGAUGAACCACUACAUGAGGUCACCAAGUCAAUUCCUGACCAUGGUGAACCCAUUCCAAAGGUCAGUAAAGCCAUUUCUAACGUUGCCGGUCAAGGAACUAGCAUGGAGGUUUCCCAAGAGUCAGCACACGAUUCUGCAAGUGCAUCAAACACUCUUGAAGAAUCUUUUCAAGAUAUCCACCUCACCAAAACUUCAACUGACAAUUCAAAUAAUUCACACGCUGUUGUCCCACGAGACAAUUCAAUUAAUUCACAUGCUGUUGUCCCAAAUGAACAGAGACAACACGAAACCCAAAGUGCUAAUGACACUGGAGAACGGCUCCUGCCUUCAGUGGUUGGAUUUUUAAUUAAAGUUUAUAACUGGAGUUUCUAAUUAAAGUUUAUAACUGGAGUUUCUAAUCAACCAGACCAGCUAAAGUAAAUAAUGUGUUUCAUGUCAUGGCAGUAAAGGAAAUUUUGUAGGGAAUGUACUUGUGAAAUGAAUUACCAGUGGUAUUGCGUGGUAUAAAUAAUAAUGAUUUAGACAAGACUUUUAUGCCAGUAUGAUAUUUAAAUUUUUUUACAUUAACAUUUGAUUCAAACAUCAACAAGUGCCAAAGAGUUCUGGCAGAUGAUCGCUGGUUGUAGAUAAUAUCUUUUGUGGGAACCACUGUAGUUUAAACAAAUGAGCCUUUGAAGACACUAAUGUAUAAUUCAAUUACUGUAAGAGAUUACCUGCAGUAUUUGUGAGUUUAAGACACUAUUGGAGUUCCUUUUUAGUUAUUCUAAAUAUUUUUAUUUAGAAAAGGAUUAUUUUUUUUGCAAAAGCUGGCAUUAAAUACUUAUGUAACUAAACAUUGAGCAUUACUUUAUAUCUUUGUUCAAAACUCAUUUUUGUAACCAACUAUACUGAGUAUAAGAAGUGUACUAGUAGUUUACAGUUUUUUUUUUACAUCAAAUACAGUAGGUUUCAUAUGAAUAGUACCAUAGUUAGCAUUAUUUGUAUAUUUAUUGGUGUAUUAUUUCUAGUACCUAAAAAAUGUUAGUAUUAUUAGUUCAAUUUUUAAAGUAUAAAUUGUAAUAUUUUGUUCAAAAUUCUUUUUAAAUACCAUGUAAUACAAGCCUUCCUAAAGUUUAGUGUCUAACAGUCUCUUAAAUUUAGAUACUCAGGUAUAAGUUUUCUGUUUUGAUAAUGAUAAGCUUUUAUUUCUAGUUCAUGGUGUGAGUUUGUGUUAAAUUUUGUAACUCAUUUAAAACCCACUUCUGAUGCAGUUCAAACUUUCCAGAAACACUGGUCUUCCUUGACAAUACAAGAAUAUCUGAUUUUUAAAAAUCUAAUUAGUCAUUAAAGUGCAUUCAAAAGAUUACCAAAUUUAGUAAUAAAGGUGGAGAGAACAAGAUCAAGUACUAGAAAUCUACCAGGGUGUACUGUUGGUCACAGAAAACCAUAUACUAACAAGGGUGGAUAAUUGUUUUUAGAGAUAGAAAGCUACUGAGAUUGGCUAAAUAUUUUUAGUAUAUGUGCCAAUAACUUAAUUCAGAACAAAUACCUGAAAAGUAAAAAACAAAAAAACUUUUUAAGAGCACUCAUGUAAUCUUUACACUUGUUUUUAAACCAAUGCUCUUAUUAAAGAAAGCAAGUUUAUCUUCUUAUUUUCAGUGCACUUAAAAGCUUAUUACUAUCAAGGCAGUUUAUUUGAGAUCUCUAACACUAUCAUGUAUGUGGUGAAAACUGGAUGGGAGAACAUGUUGCUAUUGCUUAGGAAAAUUUGAAAUAUGGAAUAGAAAAAAAGUAGCUAACAAUAAGUCAAACAGCAAAAAUGUGAUUUUUAAUAAUUUUUUUUUUGUAUUUUACAAUUUUUAAAUAUCAAUUAUGACUUAUUUAUUCUUUUUUUGUCUUCUUAAGAGCCUUGAAGUCUCCUUCUUGACUGGCUAAACUGCUCAUCAAUUCCUUUGUCUUUCUCUUUCUCUCAAUGUCCCUGCAAAAAUAAAUUAUUUAAAAUAUUUGAAUCAACAGUCAAAUUGUUGCCAUGAUAGGAGGGUGAAGUAUAUGCACUGGCAGCCUAUACUUUUUAAACUUAGAGGAUAUGGUCAGAUGAUAAAAUACACAAUAGGGGUGCAACAUGCUCCAUACUUAUUUAAACAAAUAUAUAGCAGUACUGUUCAUACUUUUGUGAGAAAAACACUAAAUAAAACUAAAAAGAACUUAAUUAUGACAGAUAAAACUAAGUGUAUGAUGACUAAGUAUAUAUUUUAAAAAAUAUACUCCUGUUUACCACAUG